AUGGCCACGGACGCCUCACUGCCGAGCCCGAGGGCCCAGCUGCACUUCCUUAAGGCCUCACACUUCGAUCUGGGGCCGGACCCGCAGCUACACGUGGGCGCCACGGAUUCCACGACACACCGGGACUUCCCGGCACACACGGACGUCCCGCGCGCUCAGCCGUGUCCACCGCCGCCCCGAGCGACCCUCUUCCAGCAAGACGCUCGCUGGGCCAGGGAGGAGUUAGUGUCUGAGGCGCACUGUGCCUUUGGGUCGCUGCCCACGCAGUCGAGGGAGCGGGAGCGGGCGCAGGGGGCGCGUUCAUUCAUCACGCAGACUAGCCACCUGCACCUGCAACAGGACGCGCACGGACGCGCCCUUUUAUCUACCGCGCGCGCUGACUACGGUUGGCCAGAGCUUCAGGGGCGCGACAGCGAGCAGAGCCCAGGCGCGCGCCUCAUCUUCCACCGGGAUUCGAUGCCAUCCGGUGACCGAGACAAGUUGCGCAUUCCGUCAACGACUUAUCAAGAGCUCUUCCCUCCCUACGAAGCGUGCCCGCAGCCACGCGCAUCCUGCGAGCACUUCGGGGGCCCCACACCCCUCAAGUGGGACAACAGGAGAUGGGAUGACAGGACCUCCUAUCAGAGUCAGUUCCAGGCCAUGACGGGCCCACCUGCCUUGAUGUGUAAGAGGGACUCCUCCAUUGUGGCACUGGGAGACUUCAAGAUGGGCUAUGGGCCCCUGUGUUCAGAGCAGAAAGAAGCCUACAGGCCCCAGAGUCUGCCCCCAGACAGGUAUGACAAGACCCGGGCCUGGGCCCACACCCACUAUGUGAGUAUCAACCCUGGAGAUGGCUGCUUCCAUGACAGGACCGCGGAGGCUGAGCAUGCCUGUGCCCAGGAACCAGUGCCUCCUCUGCCCCUGGCGGAGCCUUUUGUUCUUCACCAUGACCGGACUCCAAAGUCACACAUCCUGGAAGGAAAUUGGUGCCGGGGCCCAGGCAGCCUCACCACCUCCAUGAGCUUCUUCUAUGGCCAGCCGCCACCGGCAACCAACCCACGUAGCCGCCACGUGCCUCACGAGAAAUUGCAGAGCCACGUGACCCUGGGGGAGUCGAAGCUGCUCCGACAGUUCUUCCAGACCUCCAUGGGCACGGACUAUUACCCCUGUGCCAUACAACUGCUGCAGAAAGCGCGGAACCUCCACUUACUUCCAAGCAACCUGCCAGAGGACACCAGUGAGCCAGAUUUUUUAACCAUGAACCAGAAGAUGCUGAAACCACACAGGGUAGCUCCGGCCUGCGCGACUGAGGAGAUGCUACAGCGGUGCAAGUAUAGCCACGUGGAGCCACCACUGGGCAGACAGCGCUUCUUCUCAACCCAACACGAGGAUGACUUCACCUUCAAGUACCAAGGCCCAGCAGUGCUGAGGUCGGGCAGCUUCCAGGAGAGCCAUGUGCCCCUGGGCUCCCCGCGCCGGUGGGGCUGUGGGGGUGGGAAGAUGAGCCUUCGGGACCCCUGGGUUCCUACCUACCUGUACCCUCGACAGCAAUAA